GAAAAAGCCUUCAUUAAAGCCCAUAAACAAAUUGCCGGCGAAGCCCAUUUCAACACAGUAACCCGCCAAAAUCAAUAAAUUAGACGACACGUCCCAACAACCACCGGCCGGCCGCCGAUUUCCGCCGCCGAAGCUCCGACGAUCUUUAUUUCAAGGGCUUUAAAUUUCAAGAAUGACUGCUGUUGCUGCUAGUGCUCUUUAUCAAUCUUUCUGCUCAAAAUGUAUAGUUAGAGAGGGUUGCCAUUCUCAUUCUUGUAAGAGAUUUCAAGAAUUGUCCAUUAGAUCACCUCAAGUUGGUUUUUGGGGCGAUAACAAGGGCUAUGUAGGAAAAAGAAACAGCUAUAGACUAUCUAGAUUGCAUUUUUUCUGUUCAUCAAAGCGGCUGCAUCCAGUUUCUUCCGUUUCCUCUACCAAGAGCCAUUCUUAUAGUUCUCAGACUGCAGAGAAUGAGUCUGUUUUGAUAUUGAUGCGGCAUGGAGAGUCAAUGUGGAACGAGAAGAAUCUUUUCACUGGUUGUGUGGAUGUGCCCUUGACGAGUAGAGGAGUGGAAGAAGCAAUUGAAGCUGGGAAGAGAAUUAGCAACUUUCCUUUGGACAUCAUCUACACGUCAGCAUUGAUCCGUGCUCAAAUGACAACUAUGCUUGCCCUAACACAACACCACUGCAUGAAGGUUCCUAUAAUUAUGCAUCAUGAUGAGACUGAACAAGCAAGGACGUGGACCCAGAUUUACAGUGAAGACACUAAGAAGCAAUCUAUUCCCGUCAUCAAAGCAUGGCAACUGAACGAGAGAAUGUAUGGGGAGCUACAAGGUUUUAAUAAGCAGGAAACAGCUGAACUGUAUGGCAAGGAGCAAGUUUACAACUGGCGCAGAAGUUAUCACGUUCAGCCACCAAACGGGGAGAGCUUAGAGAUGUGCUUGGGGAGAGCCGUUGCCUUCUUUAAAGAGCAUAUUGAGCCUCAGCUUUUGAGGGGAAGACAUGUGAUGGUCGUAGCUCAUGCAAAUUCACUGAGGUCUAUAAUCAUGUAUCUUGAUAAGCUGACUUCGGAAGAGGUUAUAAAUUUAGAGCUCUCAACUGGUGUACCUAUGCUCUACAUCUAUAAAGAGGGACACUUCAUUAGGAGAGGAAGUCCUCAUGGAUCUUCUGAAGCUGGAGUCUAUGCUUAUACAGAGAGCUUGGCUGUGUAUCGGCAAAAAUUAGUCGAAACUCCCAAUGAAUCAUGAGACGAGAUAUCGUCAUACUAAAAAUAUUUUCAAUAUGUUGUGUUACACAUUAAUUUUUUUAUUUCUAUUUUUGUCAGUUUCAAUAUCUAUUUUGUUCAAUGCAUUUGAAAAUAUUGCUUUGUGGAGUA